GGUUGAUAAAAUUAUAAUUACCACUUCCUUUCUUUUCUUAACGUUUCGAGUUUGGUUCAGUAGAAAAAACACUGCGCUUUUAGGCACUACUAAAAGUAUUAUAUCUUAAAACUAAUGUCUUUGUGAAUAAGUAGUAGAUUAUAUUUUAACAGAUGAUUUCUCGAGGUUCUUACCAAAUUGCUAAUAUGGAAGCAGCCAAAGCAGCGAGACGGGACCAGUCUUAUAGAAGCUGUGUUUUAUCACUGAUAAUAUUCUUUUUUCUCUGUAUGAUUCUUAUCCUAGUCAGUUUACCAUGGAAAUUAUACCGCUCCUACAAUUCUGAAGAAAAAGGUGAAUAUGCAGGAACAACGCAGCAUCAUUAUCACGAACAUCAUACAGAACAUGAAACUGAAAGAACAACCAGCACUACGGAUUCAAUUAAAUUGUUAAUUACUACAACUUCUAUGCAUGAAACGAAUUCAAUAGAAGUAGAAACAGAAACAACAUUAAACUUUGAAGUAUUCACCGAAAACUCUCGUGUAAUAAAUGAUACAAAUUCAAAUAUUGUUGAUUCAUCUAAAUCUAAUAUCGAGACUACUGCGGAAGAUAUAUCACAGACGGAAAUUUACAAGGAAACUGCAACUGAAGAAUUCGAUAAUUCAAUAAAAGUAGGAACAGAAACAACAUUAAACUUUGAAGUAUUCACCGAAAACUCUCGUGUAAUAAGUGAUACAAAUUCAGAUAUUGUUGAUUCAUCUAAAUCUAAUAUCGAGACUACUGCGGAAGAUAUAUCACAGACGAAAACUUACAAGGAAACUGCAACUGAAGAAUUCGAUAAUUCAAUAAAAGUAGGAACAGAAACAACAUUAAACUUUGAAGUAUUCACCGAAAACUCUCGUGUAAUAAAUGAUACAAAUUUAGAUAUUGUUGAUUCAUCUAAAUCUAAUAUCGAGACUACUGCGGAAGAUUUCUCACAGACGAAAACUUACAAGGAAACUGCAGCUAAAGAAUUCGAUAAUUCUUCGACGACCAAUAUUAAUAUUACAGAAAAUAGUACAUCAAUUUCGACGAAAGAAAAUCAAGAAACAGAUACUACAGACCAAUAUACUACAGAAACUUUUACUACUACUGACUCAGACUAUAUUAAUCAAGAAACUCCCCUUGAGGUCGAAGAGUCGACAGAAGAUGUUAUUAAAUUGACAAUGAAAGAAGAAAAUGUCACGAUUAAAUCUACCACUAAGGAUCAACAAAAUGAACGAUAUUCUUCAAUAUUAAACAAUGAGACUACAAGUACGACUUUUAGUUCUCCAAUUGAUAAGCCAGUGUGUCACGAGGGUGAAUGCAAAAAUUUGGCCAGCAAGAUAUUAUUUUACAUGAAUCAUACGGUUGACCCAUGUGAAGAUUUUUAUGAAUACGCUUGCGGUAAUUUCGAGAACAAUCCUCAAAUCGUAGAAUGGAAUUUGGAAGAUGUAGCUUAUCAACGUAUUUUAGGACAAAUGCAGGAAGAAAAUGAGAAAAAUAUAUCGUCUAUUUUCACCGCCUAUUACAACAGUUGCAUACAAUACGAGAGUAUCAAUCAGACAGAAAGAAUCAAGCUGGCGAGAGAGGCGUUAGGCAAGGUAGGCAAGUUUUAUACUAAAAAAACAUGGCCUAAAAAGCAUAUAAACUUUACCGAACUACUCGCUACACUAUUAUUAAAAAACAGCACUUUACUGUUCGACAUAGUUCCGGAUCUUGACGAAUAUUCUCCGACAUUCACUCUUAAAAUAAGCCCAACGACAUACGAUGAUCUUCUUGAGAUAGACGAAAAUAACGAACCCUGUUACGCAAAUAAAUUUGAAAGAGAGAACGAGACGGUGAAUCUAGAAGAAUUAUAUAUGGAAUAUAAAACGUGCAAAGUUGAUACGAAAAAGCUAAUAAAAUCCAUUACCGAAGCCUUGACGAUGCUUGGGGUAUUCAACGAGCCGAAUAUUGCUCAGAACAUUAAUCUUACAAUCAUUAACAUCGAUCUGUGUAUAUUGCAAUCAUUUAUCGCAAAUUUUCCGUCUAAGAACAAGAUCCGCGAGGCGGAACUUAUGAAAAAUUACACUCUCGUCACUGUCAAACAAUUGGAUAGCGAGUUUAAAAUCAUAAAUUGGACGCAUCUAAUUUACUUGUUAACGAACGAAAAGGUUCAGCCGGAAGUAAAAGUGCAGGUUUAUUUUUACGAUGCCCUAUCUAAAGGAUUGAAAAAUCUGGAAAAGUUCGAAGAUGACCCGAUGACAUUGCAUAAUGCAUUAUUAGGAUUGUAUGUACACAAUCUGUAUCACAAGUUAAUUAUAUCAAAACAUCCAGAUGUUAAAAAACACUGCCUUCGCGUAGCUGCCAACGUUUUAAUCCCAGAAGCUUCGAAUUUAUACAUCUCUUCGUUUACAAAUGAUCAACUUACGUAUAUGAAUAGAACUAUAUAUAGUUUAUUUGAGACACUUAAGGAGACCCUAAAAUUAAAACUCACGAAUGUAACAUGGAUUACAGAAGCGGAACGUAACGCAUUGAUUGCAAAAAUAAAUAAUCUUAAUGUUGCCGUACCUGAUAUUUCAUACUAUACUGAUAGCGAAUCAACUUAUAGAAAAAUUCUAGCAAAUCAGAUAAAUCUGACAAAUAACUAUUUCGAAAAUUCAGUGAUUUUGAUGCAAAGGUACCGAAAAUUAAUAUAUGCAGAAUUAUCUACAAAGCCGGGGUAUUCUGCACAAAUAUGGACACAUUACGCAACACCGUACCAAUCUAAAGGGCUCGCGAUUUACGGAUUAAACCUCGUUGUAAUACCUUAUGGUGUAAUUGAUUGGUCCAUGAAAUACAAUGAAUCUUCAUUUAAUUACAUAAAACUGGCGACACUUGGUAACAUAAUAGCACACCAAAUUGCACAUCAUUUUGACGCAACUGGUAUUUAUUAUUGGAAUGGAAAUCGCAAUGCCAGUUCUCUAUUAAACGAUAAUGAUUCUACAAACAUGAAUUUCAAAGAUUACAUUGACUAUCAGCGAAAUGUUCUCUAUAAAAAUUCUAUGGCUAUGACAUUAUCAUUUACAGGACAGAACAUACUUUAUAAGAUUUCCCAAUUGACUCUAAAUGAACGUCUGUCCGAGGCGAUGGGACUCAGAUUAGCCUACGAUACUUUGGCUCAAUUGAUGUCUAGAGAAUCGUGGCUUUAUCUUCCAUGGCUUGAACUGGAUUUCAAUAAGUUAUUUUACCUCAUCUAUGCUCAGAUGUACUGUACAAAGUCUCCACUUACGUCAUCGUAUAUAUCAUUGUAUGAGAACGAACAGUUACCAAAUCGAAUUCAUAUUUUUGUUUCUGCAUCCAACAAUAGGCUUCUCGGUGAAACCUGGAACUGUCCAGAAGGUUCACGGAUAAUGCCAAGUUAUGUAUGCAGUGCAUUUCCGUAUAUUCAGUGUAACGAAGAAGCUACGAUAACGUAACGUGACGCAGUAAUUGUAUAAACUACGAUUCGUAAAUGAUACGACGAUCAAUUUUUUUUAUAAGGAAGCGUUUUUAAUUGGUAACGACGCUCUUCAUUUAUUCUCAGGAACAUAUUUUUCAUAACAUUCACACGCAAACAGGCGCAGUAUGCAAAAAUCAGACGAACUCAGGUAUUCAACAGCCUAUUACAUUCGAAACUGCGGCUUUGUAUGAUCUUAUAAUGCGACUAGAAAAUUUGACAGUGUAAAUAAUUCACCCUUAAGUCGAACGUUCCUUGUUGUGGAUUUGUUUACAACUGCUUCUUUUCCAGCAAAUCCAUAGAUUUUGUAGAA